GUCGCUAGACUAGUCACGUGAUCGACAUUGUCUUAUUUUUUUUUCUCAUCGAGCGUUCGGUUGAGCGAUACAAAUAUUUACGAUAUUUUCGCGCGUAAAAGAGUUUUGUUUCGAUGAAUUUAUCCCUGUUUUUUAAGUAUUUGAUCUUCAUAUAAAUGCCGGGAUUGAAAUAAGAGCAGGAAAUCUUUUGAGGAAGUGGAGUGACAGCCCCGCUGUAAAUCAAGAUGGCAGGUCUGUCUUUAUAUUUUGAAGACGGUCAUGAUGAUAUGGAUGACUUUGGAUUCGAUGACUAUGGUUCAGAGUGUGAUGGGAUUCGGAUAACAGCAUUCCUGGAUUCAGGCCAGGAUAAUCUCACCCCUCUGGGUCGGCUGGAGAAAUAUGCUUUCAGUGAAAACAUUUUCAACAGGCAAAUUGUCGCUCGUGGAUUGCUGGAUGUGCUCCGGGAGUUCAGUGAUAAUGAAAAUGACUUCAUCAGCAUCAUGGAAACGGUUGCCAGGAUGUCUGAGGAUGGAGAACCGACAGUGCGAGCAGAAUUGAUGGAGCAGGUACCAAACAUUGCCAUGUUCCUCCAUGAAAAUCGCCCCAAUUUCCCAGAAGCCUUCUCACGGUACCUUGUUCCCAUUGUGGUCCGGUAUCUCACAGACCCUAACAACCAGGUGCGAAAGACGAGCCAGGCCGCUUUGCUGGUGCUAGUUGAACAGGGUCUGAUGAGUAAGGCAGAUAUGGAGGGAAAGGUCUGCCCUGUGCUUCUCGAGCUCACUGAACCCAGUAGUGACGACGAUUAUAAGAUCGAGGCUGUAGCGAUUAUGUGCAAGUUGGUGACCAUGUUGACUAAAGACACUGUGGAACACCUUUUAUUGCUGCGCUUUUGUGAACUCUGCUGUGACGUCAGACUAUUUCAAGUCCGCAAGGUCUGUGCCGCAAACUUCGGCGAGUUCUGUUCUAUUGUUGGCCAGGAAGCCACAGAGAAACUACUGAUGCCGAAGUUUUUCGACCUUUGCUCGGACAGUCUGUGGGGUAUCCGGAAAGCCUGUGCCGAGUGCUUCAUGGUUGUUUCAAAUUGCACUUCUCCAGAAGUGCGACGUACUAAAUUGUCCCCCUUGUUCAUCAACCUCAUUAGUGAUCAGUCACGCUGGGUACGCCAGGCUGCGUUCCAGUCUCUAGGUCGUUUCAUCUCCACGUUUGCCAACCCUUCUAUCACAGGAUUGCAUUUCUGUGAGGAUGGAACCCUCUGCGAGAUACCGAAGAUCUCCUCAGAGAGCCACAGACAGGAAGUGACCACCAGCAAUUCGAGUAACAUCCGCAAUGCCUCCAUUAAUGAUUGUUCAGACAGUCUCAUUCAGCCCCGUUCAGAGCAGCUACAAUCCACCUCAGACACAGCAGUUCCACCAUCACGUCCUCCAGAAGGCCACUCUUGUAGCACCAGCCAGAACCAGCCUGAAUGCUCAACCCGUUCGUCCCACCAGAAGAUGGACGACUGCACAAUGUUCAACUCAUUCAACUUCUGGAGACCCCCACUACCUGACAUUACUCAAGACCUGCGGCUACUACAAGGAGAGAAAAGAGAUGUGGUGAAAGAAAAAGAAGGGACCAUGAGAGGGGGGAACGACAACUUGUCAAGUUUAGAUGCACAAGGCCCAGCCACCAGCUCCCAGAUCCAGAAAGUUUUGGACUGUCUUCAGCCCCACCUAGAUGAUCCUGAUGUUCAAGCUCAAGUGAAGGUGUUGUCCGCUGCGCUGAAAGCUGCUCAGUUAGAGAGUCAAACAGAAGAUGCUGAUGAGUCUGUGUCAGAGAGUAAUGGUUCCACAGGCUCCCCGACGUCUGAUGAGCUCAGUGCCAUGAGUGAACUCUCACUGACAGACACACAGAUCUCAGACUCUCCCUCCACUUCACCUGUGCUGGUAGAUGACUCUGAACACAGCAGUGAGGAAUCAGACCUAAUAGAAAAUGUGGAGGAAGAAAAAGACACCAACUCACAAGUUAAAACAUGCGAAGAGGAGAAGUCUAAAGUCCAGAAUGUAAUUCCACAGCAGUUGCUGGAUCAGUAUCUGUCCAUGACAGACCCCGCUCGAGCUCAGACCGUAGACACUGAGAUCGCCAAACACUGUGCGUUCAGCCUGCCAGGUGUCGCCCUAACGCUGGGCAGACAGAACUGGCACUGCCUCAAAGACACGUACGAGACCCUUGCUACAGACGUACAGUGGAAGGUGCGGCGGACACUUGCGUUCUCUAUCCACGAGUUGGCAGUGAUUCUGGGGGAUCAGCUGACAGCGGCUGACCUGGUGCCCAUAUUUAAUGGCUUCCUCAAAGAUCUUGAUGAGGUGCGGAUAGGAGUCCUCAAACACCUGUAUGAUUUCUUGAAGCUUCUUCAUGCCGAGAAGCGUCGGGAGUAUCUGUAUCAGCUGCAGGAGUUCAUGGUGACGGACAACAGCCGAAAUUGGAGAUUCCGCUAUGAGCUAGCUGAGCAGCUUAUCCUGAUCAUUGAGUUGUACAGUCACAACGACAUCUAUGACUACCUCAGACAAAUUGCACUUAACCUUUGCUCUGACAAAGUGUCUGAAGUGCGGUGGAUCUCCUAUAAACUGGUGGUGGUGAUCCUGCAGAAGUUGUAUUCCUGUGAAGCUCAUGACCUGGGUCUGAAUUACAUUAAUGAGCUCAUUAUGAGAUUCUGCCACUGUCCCAAAUGGGUCGGACGUCAGGCAUUUGCAUUCAUUUGCCAGGCAAUAGUGGAGGAGGACUGCAUGCCCAUGGACCAGUUUGCACAGCACCUUCUUCCCAGUCUGCUCAGCCUCUCAUCAGAUCCUGUGCCCAACGUGCGCGUACUGGUGGCCAAGGCGUUACGGCAGAGCGUGUUGGAAAAACCAUACUUCAAGGACCCAGGCAGUGCUUAUUCGGAUGAGCUGGAAGAGGCUCUGUCCGAACUGAGGAUGGACAAGGACAGGGACGUGCGGUUCUUUGCCACACUGGAUCCCAACAGGAACGUCAUGGACACAGCAGCGCUCAUUUAGCACCUUUAGCUCAAUCCGCACAUGUGAACAAGCACCAGCAGGAAAAACACUAAACGGAUUUGCAGACAAGUGUUUACAAAUAGGAACUACUGACCAAGACCUUCACACACACAAUGUAUCCUUAUCCUCUCCUAAAAUGCUCCACAUAUGACAGUAUAUGCAUAUAUUAUGCAUUUUCUGAUUUCUACACAAAAUGGGCCUCAUUUAUACAUUUAAAAAAAUCGACUUGUGUAGCUAAAUUUCAAAUUGGAUACUUAAAAUAUGCAAAUGUAUGCAUAUUUAUGGUAAUA